AUGCCAUCCGUUUCCCAGGAGAAACGUGACUAUGAGGAUCGCCUCAACGGCUGCCUCACGAAGUACAGCCGUGUGCUCUUCUGCCUGAUGGACAAUGUUCGCUCGCAGCAGGUGCACGGUGUACGCCGUGAUCUCCGCGGUAAGGGUGAGCUGGUGAUGGGAAAGAAGACGUUGCAGAAGAAGAUCGUGGAGAAGCGCGCUGAGGGCAACAAGGCCACAGAUGCUGAUAAGCUGUUCCACCAGGUUUGCACCGAUAAGCAGCUUCUGUGUGGCAACACAUCGAUGAUAUUCACGAACAGCGAAGUGUCUGAUAUCACCAGCGUGUUGGACAGCCACCGUGUUCAGGCGCCUGCGCGUGUUGGUGCCAUUGCCCCAUGUGAUGUUAUUGUGCCCGCCGGUAACACGGGUAUGGAGCCGAAGGCAACGGCGUUCUUCCAAGCGUUGAACAUCGCGACGAAGAUUUCCAAGGGUACUGUGGAGAUUGUGAGCGACAAGAAGGUACUGAGCACUGGUGACAAGGUGGAUAACUCCACGGCGACGCUGCUGCAGAAGCUCGACAUCUCACCUUUCUAUUACCAGGUCGAGGUGCAAUCCGUGUGGGACCGCGGUGUGCUGUUUACCCGUGAAGAUCUCUCCGUCACCGAUGCGGUUGUGGAGAAGUACCUCCUCGAAGGAAUCAGCAACAUCAGCGCUAUGUCACUGGGUGCUGGUAUCCCAACUGCCGCUACACUGCCGCACAUGAUUGUCGACGCCUUCAAGACUCUUCUCGGCGCCUCCGUUGCCACGAAUUACGAGUUUGAGGAAUACGACGGAAAGAACCUGCGCACAGCCGCCUUGGAGGGUAAACUCGGUGGUGGCGAAGCUGCUGCCCCCGCCGCUGCCGCUGCUGCCGCCGCCCCCGCCGCCGCUCCCGCUGCCGCCGCAGCUGAGGAGGAGGAGGAUGAUGAUGACUUUGGCAUGGGUGCUCUCUUCUAG